GGCUUCUGCCAGUCUCACUGAGUAAUAAGUAGUUUCACAAAGGGAAUUGUAGACGUAGUUUCGUGAAAUCUUUCUUGGAGGAAAGAAGUACAUUUUACAUAAAUAUUCAACGUUAAAAUGGGUUGUCCAGCGUGUUGUAAAGAUUGCAAAUGUUCCGCUAACAAAUGUGGUGACGGAUGCCCCUGUGACCAGCAAUGUAAAUGCAAGUGCAAGACCGGCGCCAAGGAUGACUGUUGCAAGAAGUAAACUGAUAUAUCUCCAUAUGUGAAAAAUUCUAGAAUGCCACAUACAUUUAUAUGUAAAUAUGUAUGUUAAUAGACAUAAAUUUGUGUGCAAUUUUGACUAGUUGCCGGCAUGGAAUAUAAAAUUGAAUAAUUACAAAUUCAAUAAAAAAUACUUUGACAAAAAAACUAGAAUAUGUUUUUAAAAGCCACUUAAUAAACAAAUCCCCAAAUGA